AUGGUCAGCAAGCUCUCCAACGGCCAUCAACAACAGCCACGCUUUCUCAUAUGGGGAGGCAAUGGCUGGAUUGCCGGCCAGCUGAAACGCCUCUUGGAGGACCAGGGCAAGGAAGUUCACACCACGACCAUCCGCAUGGAAAACCGGGAGGCUGUGCUGUCCGAGCUCCUCCUCACCAAGCCAACUCACGUUCUUAACGCUGCUGGAUGCACUGGGAGGCCCAAUGUCGACUGGUGCGAGGACAACAAGCCCCAGACGGUGCGAUCCAAUGUCGUUGGCACCUUAAACUUGGCAGAUGCCUGCUUUCAAGCCAAUAUCCAUUGCACCAUUUUUGCUACUGGGUGUGUAUAUCAGUACGACAAGACCCAUCCGGUUGGUGGGCGUGGCUAUACAGAGGAAGACCGCCCAAACUUUGAGGGGAGCUUCUACUCCUUGACCAAGGGCCAUGUUGAGCCGGUUUUGAGCAGUUACCCCAACUGCCUCAUCCUCCGUCUACGCAUGCCUGUUAGCGAUGACCUUCACCAGCGCAACUUUGUGACAAAGCUCCUCAGCUAUGAGAAGGUGGUCAACGUUCCCAACAGCAACACCAUGCUUCGUGAUCUCCUGCCCGCCUCCAUCAUUCUUGCAGAACAUGGUGAGACUGGCGUCUACAACUUUACCAACCCAGGCGCCAUCUCUCACAACGAGGUGCUCACGCUUUUCAAGGAGAUCGUAAGGCCGGACCUGAGCUGGGAAAACUUCACCCUAGAAGAACAAGCCAAGGUCAUCAAGGCGGACCGGAGUAACUGCGCGCUGGACACGACAAAGCUGGUGAAGAAGCUCAAGGAGUAUCAGUACGAGAUUCCUGAAGUCCACGAAGCGUACGAGAAGUGCUUCGAGCGCAUGAAGUCUGCAGGAAUCAAAUAA